UUUCCUUGUUUUCGUUGGUCGUCGUGGAGUGGGAGUUGUCUUGUGACUGCUUCCGGGCUGCUGGAUGACCUUGAGCCUUCAGGAGCGAGAUGGCGAGUAUCUGGAGGCUGAGUGUUCUCUGCGGUGCCCAAGGAAGCCGAGCUCUCUUCCUCCGAACCCCAGUGGUCAGACCUGCUCACAUUUCAGCAUUUCUCCAGGACCGACCUACCCCAGGAUGGUGUGGAACGCAGAACAUUCACCUGUCACCCAGCCGUCAUUCUGGUUCCAAGGCUGCAUCUCUCCAUUGGACUGGUGAAAGGGUUGUCAGUGUUUUGCUCCUGGGCCUACUUCCAGCUUCUUAUUUGAGUCCUUCUUCAGCGGUGGACUACUCCCUAGCUGCAGUCCUCACUCUCCAUAGUCACUGGGGCCUUGGACAGGUUGUUACUGACUAUGUACGAGGGGAUGCAUUGCAGAAAGUCGCUAAGGCAGGCCUUUUGGCACUCUCGGCUUUCACCUUUGCUGGGCUUUGUUAUUUCAACUAUCACGACGUGGGCAUCUGCAAAGCUGUUGCCAUGCUGUGGAAGCUCUGACCUUUUUGACUUAAUACCUUGAGAAUUGAUUGUACUCCUCUUUGCCUCUGCUCUGUCAUGCCAUUCAGCUCACAGUAAGGAGGAAAUAACUUAAGUCCAUUGGUGAGAUUAACCUCUUCUCCUAAUCACCUGGUUAUUUUUAGAAUUUAAUCUUUGAGGAAAAGGUUUGAGAGGAAUUAUAUAUAUCCAAGAAAUUGUAAGGCUGAGUUUCUUAUUCUGACGAGUUAAUGGAGUUGCCUCCCAGCUUCUCACUAGACUCACAAUAUAACUAAACGUGAGCUUUUGCAUUUUAAUUUAUCAAACUCUUAAAGGGAAUUCAACUUUAUAACUAUCAAUGCCUGAGCAAAUGUCUAUAUUUGUCCUGGGAAUGAUAGAGAAAGGGAAAGACUGUUAAUUCAUAAAGAAAGACGACUGAAUCUUACGCAUUGCUUAAUGUUUGAAAACUUCUCCCUCUGUUCAGUUGAUACCGGUUACUGAUGGUUACAUGUCCUUGGGAAACUUUAAAAUUAGGAUAUGCUGAUAGUUCACAUUACUAAUUUCUAAAUUCUGGGAAAAAGAGCCUGGAAAGCUUCUGAAUAUAGAGAAGUUCCAAGUAGAGAAGAGAUCUCCUAGUAAUUAAUAUCAAAAUAUUAUAGAUUCUAAACUGAGAUUUGAUUCUCAAAUGUGUUCAUUUUACUUGUCCUGAAAAAAUGUAUCUGCAAAUAUAAAACUUUAAUAAAUUGUCAUUUUCCCACUGUGGGAAUUUAAUGUGAAAAUGUAUUCUAUGAAAAUAAAGUUUUUUAAAAAA